UCCGCGAUCGGCACAGCGCUACCUGAAAAGGGGGCCCUGUCGCUUCCUGGGAAACCGGGGCGGGAUUGGAUCCCUCGGCCGUCGGGGCCGCCGCCUCGGUGAGGCUGAGGGGAAUGCUUUGCAGAAAAGAUAAGAACAAUAACUAUUUCCUCAUUGUAUGUCCACUUCUUUACUCAUGGCAUGCAGUGUUCCGUAGCAUCUGAGAUUUGGAGAGAAGCAAUAACUUCAGGGACCUUAGAUCAUUAUGGCAACAAGCUACACACCUCCAUUUGAUGAUCCUGGAGAGGUGAGAGAGGGCUUUCUAUGCCCCCUGUGUCUGAAGGAUCUGCAGUCCUUUCAACAGCUCCAAUCUCAUUAUGAAGAACAUUCAAGUGAAGACAGAGAUGUUAAAGGACAAUUAAAGAAUCUUGUUCAAAAAGCAAAAAAAGCAAAAAAUAAACUGUUAAGACGAGAUGAUGACCGAAAUGAUGGGGGGUCUCAGGAACGAUAUGAAGGCUACAGUUAUGGUGGAAUGGAUCCAUAUAUGUGGGAACUCGAAGAAUUAGGUGCUAUAAGGAGUCAUCUUUCUGAUUUUAAGAAACACAGAGCAGCCAGAAUUGAUCACUAUGUUGUGGAAGUCAAUAAAUUAAUAAUCAGGUUAGAAAAGCUUACUUCCUUUGAUAGAACAAUUACAGAUUCAGCAAAGAUAAGAGCAAUAGAGAAAUCUGUCGUGCCUUGGGUUAAUGAUCAAGAUGUACCAUUUUGUCCAGAUUGUGGUAACAAAUUCAGCAUACGGAACAGGCGCCACCACUGCCGCCUCUGUGGGUCUAUCAUGUGCAAGAAGUGCAUGGAACUGGUCAGUCUCCCCUUUGCAAGCAAGCUUACUACUGCUAGCAAGGAAGUCUUGGCCUCUCAUACUAGCCCCAGCUGCUCGCCCAAUAGCAUCCAGGGCUCUCGACGAGGUAGCAUCAGUAGUAUAAGCAGUGUCAGUUCUGUUUUGGAUGAAAAAGAUGAUGAUCGAAUCCGUUGCUGUAGACACUGUAAAGACACGCUGCUCAAAAGGGAACAACAGAUUGAUGAAAAAGAAUAUAUACCAGAUAUUGUGAAACUAUAUGAGAAACUCCGAUUUUACAUGGAAAAAGUUGACCAGAAAGCCCCUGAAUACAUAAAGAUGGCAGAAUCAUUAAAUGCUGGAGAGACAACAUACAAUCUUGAACGUGCUAGCAGUCUUAGAAUAGAAGUGCAGAGAAUGUAUGAAUUAAUAGAUGCUUUAAGCAAGAAGAUUCUGACUUUAGGGCUGAAUGAAGAUCCACAACCUCAUCCCAGAACUUUACAACUUCAGAGGAUGAUUAGAUAUUCAGCCACACUUUUUGUUCAGGAAAAAUUGCUUGGCCUGAUGUCUUUACCAACCAAAGACCAGUAUGAAGAACUGAAAGAGAAAAAGAAACAAGAACUAGAGAGAAAACUGCAGAUGGAGAGACUGGUGAAGUACGAAUCCCAGAGACGACAAGAAGAGAGACCGUCAGACUACACUUCCAGAUCCUUAGCAACAUUCAAUGGUGAGGUCCAUCGAACAAAAAGGGUUGCAAUGAAGAAAACUGAAGGAUGGCUACCCACUGCUAGCAUAUCUCGGAACCAGGAACUGGCAGAUCCACUUCUUCAACAGAUCGACAAUAUCACCUCAUUUAUUAAGCAGGCGAAGGAAGCCAAUCGUCUGGACGAAGUCCAGAUGCUGCAGGAGAACCUGCGACAGCUUCAGGACGAGUACGACCAACAGCAGACAGUCAAAGCCAUUGAGCUCUCUAAAAAGCAAGCGGAGAUGGAGGAAAUGCAGAGAGAACAAUUGCAGAUCCUUUGUGAAGAAGAGUGGAAAAGGGAUCAUAAAAAAAAGAUGUCUCAACAUUCACGGACACGUUCUCUGGAUUUCAGAGAAGUGACGCCCGAUAAACCUGAGAUGGAGAGGGAAAGCAUAAACCAAAUAGCAGAGGCUUUGGAUCUAGAUAUGCUUCAGGACAAAGAUUACACUGGCUCCACGGCUGCUUUCCCCAGUGAUGGUGUUGGAUUGCUAGGUAGCAAGAAUCUGGUUUUGGUUUGCCAACCUGUGAAAGCCUCAGAGCAUGAAAAAGCCUCCAUAAAUCCUUUUGAAGAUCCUUCACUAAUUAGCCCUCCAAAGAGCAACCCUGAUAGUCCUGUUGCUGAAAACACUGCAAUAGCUUCUUUGCCUACCAAUGCCCUGCAGAGUUAUGAAAGAGAGUACAAUCCAUUUGACGAAGAGGAGGAGCAGGAACAGGAAGAUUCUCAGCAGGCAAAUGGGGUAGAUCUCAGUGCUCCAAACCCAUUUGAAGAUUCUGUGGGAAAUCCAUUUUAUACCCCUGUGGGUAACCAGGAAUCUGGGAAUCCAUUUGAAGAAUCAGUGUCUUCCUCUUUGAAUCCUUUUGAAGUUGAAAGUGAUAAUGAAGUUUCAGGGGAAGAUAUCAUAGAGGAGGAAUUGCUUCUCCAACAGAUCGAUAAUAUCAAAGCAUAUAUUUUUGAUGCCAAACAAAGUGGACGAAUGGAUGAGAUAGAAGUAUUGACUGAGAAUUUGAAAGAACUUAAGAGCACCCUUGCAAAACAGAAGAAGAAAUCGAGCUGCUGAACUAUGUCCACAUACUUUUGCAGUUCCCAAAGGGAGGGAAGAUCGAGGUAAAAGAAGAAAUACAUCGCAAAAGGCACUUACUUGGGUGCUGAAUCAAGCUUAGGUAGGGACUUUGGUAUAGGGAUUUCCACUUUUUAGAUCUGUAAAAGUCAACACUAUUUAAAAUUUAUAAUUACCGGAAACUGUUCUUCAAAUAUUGAAAAGUCUGUAUUUGUAUCCCAGCCCAAAUUUAGGAGCAUAAUUAUAUUUCUCAGCACCUGCUUUAUCUCUGAUGUAAAAAGGGGGAAAACUGACAUUUUAAAAUGCAGGAAAUUAUUUGCAGUUCUCAAGACUUUUGAAUUUAUUUUCUGUCACCAGGUAGGAUUGUAUGUGCUUCAAAAAAAAAUUGCUUGAAACCACAUCUUUGCUUCCUAAGACAGAAGCAACUUGUGCAGCAACCUGGAAAAGCUUUUACUGUUUUCAAAGAAACGUGGUGCUCUCAUGAGCUCAAAGCAUUUCCUCAAAAUCGUUCUUGAAUCUUGCACAGCCCAGCUAAAAGGAAUUAAUACUGUCUUGCAAAUUCUCAGUUUUCCUACUAACUUUAUAUUUUGGGGAAGCAGAAGAGAGAAAAUAACUUACUGUUCAAUAGAAUUCAUUGGUAAAGCAACAUAUAUAUGUCUCAAAACAUAUGUAUAUAUAUGUUUUAGAAAACAAAUGCAUAAAACCUAACUAGACAUCGUGUAUUUUUUUCCUUUAUCUGUUCUUCAACUGAUCAAACUAUUCUAAUAGUUUUUCCCAGCCAAUUCUAGACUAACUUUGUAAGAACGUUGAAAUUGUCAGUGUCUCAAAACUACAUAAUUUUCCAGGCUUGUAGAAAUGUCAGAAUAGGAAAAUUGUUUUCUGCCUCCAAAAAUUAGAAAAUUUGCAGACAGAACUGUGCUUUGAGAGGAACCAUCCUGGGUGUCCACUUGAGAGUAUAAAUUAAAAACUAGAAGUCCAUUUUUCUUUCUAAUUUGAUUUCUCUCUAGGGCAAUGUUGAUAUACCACCUCCAUUUGUUGUGUGGAUGAUUUGUGCGAAACCUGUUAUAUUAAAUGGAGGCUAUCAAAUUCUUAGGGUUGAGCUGUUCAUUUGUAAAUCUUUUUUUCUUUUUAAUUGAUCUGCCAGCUACGAACAGAAAUGUUUAGAAGUGUUAAAUAAUGUCUGAUUUCAGUUGUACGGGAUGAAUUUUAUUUGGUUGCAUUUUAUUAUUUUGGUGUCGUAAACCAAUUUUAAUUGUUUACACCGGAAGAACUUACUCAGAGAAUAUUAUGUACUUAGGGGAAUGGGAAGAAGGCCCAAGCAUUAAUCCUUAAUCUGAUUUUGACAAUUGUUUCCAUGCUGGUAGAGAUGAUACUGUACACAAUGUAUGUGGACACUAAAUGUUACAUUCCUCAAAAGAUUAGUGGUUAAUAGGGUCAAGAACUAAGGCAGCACUUUAUACUUUCGACAUUAAGUAUUACAUGUUAUUCAUUUGUUAAUUCAUGGUAUUUGUGAUUUUAUUCCCUUUGUUAGCAAGGAAAAACUACCUAGCUUUGAUUUCAUGCAUCACAAUUCAGCGACAGCCUGUUUUAAUGAAUCCUAUAGAAACUGAGCUGAAAACUGCCCGUCCAAUUAUAUAACAGUCUAAGGAUACUUGUUUUGAUUUUUUUUUAAUGGGAGCAUUCUGGAAAUGAACUUACAAUGCACUAAACAGGA